AUGCCGCCUCAGAGCCGGAAGGAGACUGGAUCGAAGGGCCAGCCGAAGGGUGCUGGGAAAACCAAAGCUGCGGCGCCCUUGCUGUCAGCUGUGCGGUUCGUGCCACCGGCGAGUGUGGUUUCGGCCCUCCAAGCACGUGCUGGCAGGGCUCAAAAUGCUGUGCUAGCUGCCGAAGAACAACAUGCUGGCAAGCGUACCUUGGCACAGGAAGCCAACUGGCUGGCGACGCAAGUUGCCAAAACUACCAAGAGACUGGAAGCAGACCUUCGUGCGAAGCAGGACUUGGGCGAAGCGGCUCUCCAAUGGCACUCCCAGCUCGCAGAGCACCUAUCCACCAAUUAUGCGGAGGUGGAGCGCUUGGCGGGACAAUUGGAUGCGGAUGUCAAAGAAGCCCUGAAAAUACUAACGCCUUUGGUCUCCACUACGACCUCGGAUGCCACCCAGGUUCUGCUGCACAAAGGUGCACAGAAUGCAGGGCCUAUCUGGCCACCCCAAGUGACUGGCUUGCUCGAGAUGGCGGCCAACGCUCUUCGGGCUGUGGCUGCACUGGAUCCACUGGGACACAACCGCGCUCCGGCAGUUGGCGGUGGGGUGCCUUCAGUCCCGACUCAGACGCAGGGGAUUGGGGGCCACCAUGCCAGACGACAACCACCAGGUCUCGACGGGGGCAUUUUCCCUGGCGCUAUGCUGACCUCGGGUUCCCCAACGAUGGUAACAGAAAGUCACAGAGCCCAGCCUCCUCCUGUCUCUGGGAAUCGUUUUAAGCACGCAAGAUCACGGGCCACUGGCUGGAACGCCGGAGGCUGUGCCAUGGCCGCAGGAAAGCACCGGCAGAACCCCCACCCGUCCCUCACGCCCAACCUCGUCCUGGAUGGCACCUGCCCAUUCUGCACCGGUGGAGCUGGAUGGAUCCGAUGGUUUCAGCGAGCCAAUGAAGACUGGCAGCAAUGGCAACUGAGUUGGAUCACGGCAUGGAAUACGUCGGUGGGGCAACUUAUGGACAUGUGUGGAGCUGCUGCCACUGCGGCUCAAAGCAAUCCGGUGUUGCAGGAGGUGCUUCCCGAGCCACCGCACAUGGACACCGAAGAGGUCCGCAACCAAUGUCAGAGCACGCUGCGGAGCUUGCAGCAACACCCCUGGGCAUGCGGACCAGAGAUUGCGACUGUGGUAGAGGACCUGAUGCGCUGCUACUCGUGCCUAAAAAGCUGUCCAGCCGCUGUUCCGGACUGUCCCCAAGCUGUGCUCCUCCUAGGCCACAUUCUUCAUGCUGCGGUUCAGGACGUCAUGUCAUACACGCCACAAUGCACAGAAGAAUGGUUGUUCCCACAGCUGGUUCUCGGGAAGCACCCCGACUUAGCGGCACGCCUGGGUGCCAGCACCCCAGCCCUUCCGCAUCACGCCCUGCUGCAAACGUGCGCCUGUUGCAUUGCCGUUCAAGGCACGGAAUUUCUCUUGGCGGCACUGUCUGCUGGAGUCCUCUUGGGUUGCGUGUGGACUACCCUUGCCGAUCCACCCCAUUUCAAGCCCCUUGGUCAGAUGGCAUACGACUUGCCCAGUGAGCACCAGGUCCUAGGUCUGCUUUUAGCUGCCAUGGGAUGUGGGCUGGCCCUUGCACCCUGCCUCUUGAUGGUUGUGGUAGCCUGGCUCCCGAUAGGAGUUUUCCUCCUAGGCCUCCUUUCACCUGCCCUGCCGCCCCAACAUACACGGCGAGAGCCUUGGUGCAAGAAUAAGAGAACGAGGGAGACUGCGGUAAAACAGAUGAAGGGGUGCUUCUUUCUCUGUCUGCUGUUCUCACCGGUUGGAGCAUCAGGUCUGCCUAAAAUCCAUAAUCCUGAACACGUCAGACAGGAGGAGGGCGUUGUAUCGAUGCCCGACAACAAUGAGGCCGAUGACUCUUUCAUGAUGCAGGUAGCGGGCCAGGCCCAUUUCAACAGAAUUCCGGCUUGGUCCCUCAGUCGAGUCCCACGCAUUCGAAUACGGCGUGAGCUGCACCCUUUGGAAGAGGUCGGUGCCCGGCCUCUAGCGAUGCAGGAAUUGUGCACGGCAACCUAUACACGGAAGCUUGCCGUGUUCCAUGGGGGAGUGGUUGAAGGCCCCGAGCCUAUCCUCUUCAGAGUUGACAGCCGCCUUUUCCGACCCGCACUUGAUGAAGCCAUUGUGCAGGCCCUCGGCAUCUCAGCAGAUGCAGUCGACGUGUUGAUGCUGGCCUCGCCGUUUGACUCUGUCACUCGCGAGCAGUAUGUACUCCGGCCCCGCGCCUUCCCUUGGUAUGCGCAAGCCGUUCCUGUCCUGGUGCGAGGCGAGCUUGACAGCUUCCAUGUGCUACAAGCAGCAAGGGAUGAACAGUGCCACGAUCUCGUCGCAGCGGCAGCGCUGCUCACUCAGAUGCAGUCCAUCCCGGAAGCUGAGCAGUGUCAGUGCGUGGAGGGUACUUUUGUGGCCGAUUCCCAACCUCUCUUGCAGCCACGUUGUGACGCGAUUGUUUGGACGCCGAUUGCGCUCAAACAGCGGCUGAGUGAAGCCAGUGCCCACUCCCCUUAUGCGGACAUGCACAGCAAUCAGGGCCCCCCCAGCCAGACCCUCCUGUCCUGCGUUAUCAUCACUGCUAAUGGUAUCAUACAUGCACUCACGCCGGCCUUUGCUCCUGAUAGCGAGACCUUCCGCUUCCUGCGUGGCGAAUUCCCGGAGCUCGCUUCCCUGACUAUGCGCCGCAUGCGGUAUGCGCUUACUGACCUGCCGCCGACGCAGUUCCUAGCCUUCCGCCGUGAGGAACUCGGAAGGCAUUCCUUGGUAGUUGACCUCCGUGCAUUGGAUCUUGGACUGCUUACUCUCACAGUACCCAGAUACAUAUCGUGCAGCCAAAUCCUCGAUGUCACUGCGAGAGACCAUGCUCGCAUCCUGGACACGGCAGCCAUGCAUGAACAUGUGAUGUCUGGAGAUUAUAUCUGUUUGCUCCAUGAUCAAGCCGUCGGGCCUGAUGUCAUGCUUGACGUGGCUGGCUUUGAUCUGCUACGAGCCUAUCGACACACACUAGUCGAGGUGCCCAUUGGGAGUGACUCUGAAAAUGCUGCCUCGCGGGGAGCCUCCUUGGCAAAAGCCCUACUCAUUGCAGCAGCGCCGCUACGGGGACCUGUCGGCUCUAUGUGCCUACUGCUUGUGGUAGGUGCCAGCCAAGCACUUGCAGGACGCGCUGCUAGUGCCCCACCACAUCGCAGUGGACGGUUACAGCGGGUGCCAGCUCCCCCCUGCAACCUGCCCAACAAGGCCUCGCAGGCCACCCAUGCGGCAAUUCAGCGAGAGCUGCUGGCCUCUGGCAAGCUUCUCACGCCCGUUAUCAGUCCUAGCCCCCUCGGCAAUGACGACCCACGUGAAGUCACAUUCAAGCUGUGGCACCCUGGGAGGGUCCUUACCCGGUGCUACCCGGCGCAAUGGCCGUGGUUUGAUGUGCACGCUGACCUCCUUGAGACUGUAUCCGCCCUAGGCAGGUAUGUCGUCCUGCCUGCUGCCGCGACACCGGACCAUAGAGCUGUGCAUAUGGUCGCUAUCUCCAGUGCAGACACGCAUAGCACCAUUCUGGUGGCACGGGCAGGAUCGUGGAAAUGCCUCGAUGUUGACUGGCGCAAUCCUGCAGCUGAUAUUCAUGCAUGGGUGGAAAGCUUGGAUGGUACCCAUUCCUAUCGCAUUGACUGUGCGCACCGGGGACGCAUGCGGCAUGGCGAUGUCUGCGUGGUUGUUGAUACCUUUCAAUCAGCUUCACCCACACUUCUGGAUAUUAGCACUCUCUCUCUGACGAUGCCAGUAGGGUGCUCUUGGACGCGCACUAUAGGCAGGCAGGUCUUUCCCUUGCUGCAAGCCGGCCAACCACAUCUUUGGCUGCCACGCGUGCAAGGCGUGACAGCACGUGACACUGCCAUGGAUAUGCUGCACACUCUUCGGUCGCCAAACCCCGAAACUACCCAUCUGCUCGAUGUGCCGCCAUAUCUUUUAGGCCUUCCGGGUCCUAUUCUUCUCGCGGCCCCUAGAGGUGGGAUGUGCACCCUUGUCUGGUUGCAUGACUGUCACGAAUGUGUUCCACACGGUGUGGCAUUCGCCGUGGAAGGGGUGUUCCCAAGCCGCGCUGACCUUCUCUACGCGCUGCGUGAGCUACCGGGAGCCGCGGCUGCAAUAUGGCUCCGGGCAACGGAAAUGUUUCUCCUUUGGGGGCCCUCCGAAUCCUUGCACUCUGCCGAUAAUGAGGCUGUUGUAGCUGAGAUUGUGACAGCUAGCGUUGACAUGCGACUGCUGCUGUCGCAUAGCCGCACAGACUCCCUCUCUUCUGCGCCACACAUGGGAGCGCAGGGGAUGGCAUCCAUGCCGGGUCCCCAGGAAGCCAGGAGUAGUCAGAUUUCUUCCCUGGAUUCCUCGCUCGCUGACCCAUGCAUCCCGACCCUGGGUAUCCCCGACGAAGGCACCUUGCAUGUUGUGUACUGUGGUGCGAUCCAGACCAGCUGUGUGGUACCCUGUCCUAGCCGGAGGAUGCCAUGGGCUCUCAUCAUUGGAGAUGAAAUUAGGACGGCCUGUACUGAUCAAACCUCCUGGGCUGAGGUAGCCACCGUAGCAGAUCUCUCAGUCUUGGACUUGCAAGGGGUGGCCGUUGUCCUUGAUGGGUUCCGCUGGAUGUGGCCAGAACCCAUUACUCAUCUUGGGCACGCCUGCGGCACGCUUCUCCGGCGCACUCCGAACAAGGAUUCCCGCUGUUAUGUGGAGAGUGAGCACACUCUUCCGCCCUCACCGCUGCAAGCAAGGAGCUCAUGUGGUGGCAUGAGGCUUGCUAAGUGGGCUCAACUAGUUGCUUGGACUGCUAGUGCACCUUGCACCGGCCGUUGGCUACCUAUUGCACUUCUUGUCAACGCUGCUAUGGCCAUGGUAGUGCCAGUCGACCCUACUGCUGCACGUCCGCCUCUCAUGUGUGUCCCUCCUCCUGGGUUCCUCCUUUUCGUUGAUGUGCUUAACUGCUUCCUCCAGCACCCACCGGUAGAGGGUACCCUCUUGCGGAUAUGGCGCCCCUGUAGGGGUCCGGCCGUUUACCAGUUCCGACAACAAGUUGACCUUGACAAUCUGAGUACCUGGUUGCGUGAGCAGGGAUGCCGGCCUACCCGUGAUGUGGUCCACCUCGCGCAUGACUCUGGCCCAGAUGCCAUUGACUUGCUUUGCACCCCGCCGGCCUCUGGAGCUUGGUGGAUAUUGCGAGAUGGCAGUCACCGUGAGCUGCUCAGACCCGUCUGUCAGCUGCCGGACAUCUCGGAACAAUUGGUCACGAUUGAUGAAGGAGGUCAGGCACAUCGUCUGAUUUGCGGAGGUCAGGCCGACCUCCGGCCAGAGCUUCUCCCGGGUAAGCGGGCAGCGAUUGGACGCAGCGUCCCUAACUGGUAUGGCGCCUUAGCUGGCACUGGACUGAUGAUGUUUUCGACGUCUGCUUGCUGGCGCUUGGCGCCGGUCAUGCUGGCCACUAUCAUAGUCGUGCAGCCUGUGGGCGGGCAGACUAUUCCAGCCAGUCAUCCCCGCAGAGUCUGGACCUUCGGACUGCCUGAGCCUGUGGACCUUCCGACGACAGCACGGACGGUCACAGAUGCUCGUCUAGUUCUUGUUCGGGCCCAUCUCCCUAGGCAGCUUGAUAAUGAUGGGAAGCUUCUGGAAGUCUCCCCCCCCCUGAUACAAGGGGUUCAGCACUGGCUAUAUGUGCCUAGGACAAGAGUGGGGACAUACACCUACUUGCUCAUGCAGUGGCAUAGGCAGGCGGCAGUCUUCGAGAGUCGGUCUAACCCAUUGGACUGGGAUGCCCUGUUCCAGUGGGCCACAUCUGUCUUCACCCUAGAACAGCCGCUUGCACAAAAGUUUGUCCUGGUCCUCGACAGACAGAUUUUUCGUUUCGGCACCAUCGUGAGUGGUCUCCGACACGGACAGCUUCUGGCAAUUGGGGAGCAUACACCAUCGCGCAGCCCGAUGCGCUACCUCAAUCCCUGGGGUGAAGAAGAAGAACUGCCUGAGAUUGUCCGCAGUGACUGGGGAGACACUCUCCUCACUGGGCCCGGUGGCCAGAUUUCUCUGCGCCCGGAAGGACCGGCUUUCCUGACGGCCACGGCGGGACGAAGUGAGGCUACAUCCCCGGCAGCCCGGUCACCCUGCCAGACGGGGCUGAACAUGGAAGCAGCGCUCGGUCGGAACCUCAGGCCUCUGCAGGGGAUCGUACCCCGCUACUUCUCAUUGGUGCACCGGCGUGGCCUUUGGGUGAUGCUUCUUCUCGGUAACCUCCUGAUCUGUGGGGUAGAAGCGCCGCCGGCACCUGUCGGAGUAGAACAGGCUCUCGUUAGUGCUACAGGAGCAUCGAUUCCAGGGGGGGGGCAUACCGAACACGCCCAUUGCAAUGUCACGCUACCGCUGAACGGCAAUACCCUGUCAUGGUCCGUGAGGGAUGCCUCCCCAGAGCAGCACGGAGCCCUGCAGGCUCAGCUCAGUACUGUGUGGCAGGCUCGAGCUGGAGGCAGACGCGUCGAGGAAUCACCCUCCUGGCCGAGGACUGCAGGGAAGUUCCUCAUUCACUCCCCGGCUGUGCCAAGGCAGCCGCUAACAGGUCGGUUUCUGCUCACCGAAGAUUGUCUCAAUGAGCUAUAUGACAUCUCCGAAAUUUGGAGAAGACAAGCCCAGGUCGAUGCUGUCAUACCGCUGUCACCACAGCCCACCCGAAGCGCCAUCCACCUGACUACCUGUGAGCCGGAGUCCGACCGAGCGUCUGUUGUGCUAUGGUGGGAUGGGAUGUUGUGGCCAAGGAAGCUCCCCAGACAAUGCCCCGCUGAAUGGCUACGCAACUACUGCAUCCUUGGUACGGUGGGCCUCAUCCCGCCCCCUGUGGGCGUUCAGGCUCAACCCACUGUGCCUUUCAGAGACGGAGACUGCGUCCCCUUUUGGGUCUGUCCACAGGCUCAGCUUGAAGACAUUGAGAUCUCCCUAGCUGGCUGUCCCCGGAGCCUAAGGCUUUCUUGGGUUCUCCAGCUACUUCUAGCUUGCCCACGAGGCUACCUUUGUGCCUUGUUCAUUCUUGCGGUGGGGCUACCUGGCCCUGCCGGGGCGAUGAUGACCAGUCAAAACCUAGCUCCAGAACACGUCCCCCACAUGUCUUGUUGGCGACACGGCAAUACCAGGGACCUGGAUAAAGCCCGCGGGGGCUUUCCGAAUCACAGAGCACUCUCCAUGGAAAUUUUAAGGACGCAGGCGCCAAGCGCUGCCACACAUCUGGUAUGGCGACGCAACAGCCUGGCCAUGUGCCUACGCAUGUGUUCAUGCACCCCGCCUGCUGUGGCGGAGAUGGCCCUUCUGGCCGGGCUGCCUUCUUCUUGCCAUAGCUCUGUUGUGUUGGAUGGGGCGCCACCUGACAUUGAAGCUGUCCAUUGGAAAUUAGUCCCAGAAACUGAUGCCUCACCUUCACGGCACUUGAGCCGGUGGCUGUUCAGCAUUGCCUUGGGGGUCUCAUCGGGUUGGAGGGUCUCCCUCCUUUCAAGUGUGAUCGUCAUGCACUUAACCCCUACACUAGUCAGGCCCAUGACGCUUCGCCAGGCCGCGGAACCUGUUCGGGUAGGGGCAUUUCCGUGGCAUGUGGCCAUCCCUGCGCGGACGGUUAGCAGUCUCUCUGAGACGGGGCCCAUCCUGGUGCACCUGCUCAGCCCCUUUCGGGGCAUGGGGGACACGCACGAAAUUAGCCGAAGCUGCGACUGGUCAUGGCUAGUGCGCCUCUUAUAUGCUGAGGAACCUAGAUGGGGGCACCAACUAGUGCCAGUUUGGCCCAACACUGUCGCCAACACCUUGACCCUCGUCCCGGUUCCACCGGACAACUCCUUGGUUUGUGUGGUUGUGGUGGCGUCAACAUGGAGGCUGAGCCUGUGCAUCCCGCAAGUUGCUCGGCUGGAGUGGGUGCAGGAAGCUAUAAGUCACCGAGCACCGCAGGCCUUUGGGCAGCUCUUUCCACCCCCGCCUCUCGAGGCGCUGCUUGAGCCAAUGCCAUCCUCUGAACUAGAGAGCGAGGUGCAGGCUACACUCCACAUGCGUAGCGGUGACGUUUUCUACGCCUCUCUCCUGGGACAAGCAGGCUCCGCCCGAAGAGGGGGGGAGGUCACGGUGGAAUCCCUCGCCUCCCUCAGACAUGACACUCUUUGGCAACGGUUCUUAGUCAUACCCUUCACCUUUGAAUGCACCAUAUGGCAGCCCGGAAACAGUCCGAGUGUCAUCGAGGUCCCAGCUGGGUCGAGAUGGUUGCCGCACUCCCAGACCUUCGACAGCUUCCCGGAGUUGGGGGCUAGAGGCCAAUGGGUCAUCGCUCCUUGGGCAUGGGGUCAAGGCAUACAUCUGUGCCUGCGCUGCCGUGACGCCUUCCAUGCACACAUACUGAUACACUGCGCUAGCAACAAUCUGUGCGUCCGGACCCCCACCUGUGCGGAUCGUGCGUACGUACAACACAUCUUCACUGGGGCGGGAGGCCGUGGCGCUUGGACCGAGGGUGGGGACAUCGGCCAGUUGGGCAGGGCCAGGCGGUCAAGGUCGCCCUCCAGGAGCGGUGCCUACAAAACACUGAAGCCACGGGUCGUUGAGGUCGGCUUGGUCCAUCACCCAACCUCGCCUAGAUGGCGUCCUGCCGAACACACGGUCAACUUGGGCGGCUUUCCAUGGAUCCAAACACUGUGCCCCGUUAUGGGGGCGGCGGCUCCUUUGCGGCCACAUCCGCAUAUGCCACAGCAGGACAUCUACCAACUGGUGCGAGCCACCAUGCAGGACUGGCCGGAACCUCUUGUCCCUGUCUGGCCAGCACUGAGCAUGGGAGCUCUACAUCUCGUACCCUGCCCCCCGCCCCCCCUUCUGUGCGUUGCGGUCGUCAAAGGCGGAGAGGUGCAAGCGCGAUUACUGUUGCGGGAUAUGCCAUGCCGACUAGUUCCUGACGCCCUCGGGAUCGGUACGGACUAUGCGGGGCCCCUCACAGCCGCGCCUUCCUUUCUUUCUUCUUCCAACACCCGUCUCCGACAUGGAGACCUCAUUUGUGCGAGGCCCGCCACCACGCUCUCUGGCAGCUCCCAUUUGUCAUUUCGCAAACUGGGCGAGUCACCAUGUGGCGCCCAGGACAAGGGGAGCAAUGGGCACCUGUGCCAUGGAUCCCCGCACCUGGGCUUCAUCUGUGUUUUGCGUAGCCCGAGCCAUCUCUAUGCUCAUGUUAUCUUCUGGGGUGCUAGCCCAAUCUGCCAGAGGGUUUCAGUCCGGGCCAUGGACACCCUCGACAACUCCCAUCUGGCGCGCGGGGUCGCAGGGUUGGCUCCGUCUGAAAUCUCACUCCGGGAUGGCGAUAUCAUCGAGCCCUCCGUUCCGUACGCGGGGCAGUCGACUACGGAGUUGCAAGCCCGACCUUUCUGGCUGACUCUGCUUCUUGGUAGGUGGGUUUUAUGCCGUGCUACUGGUGCGCCUUCCGGGUGGAUCGGCAUUGCUGCUGUCCUCUACGUCCUCACGCAAUGCCAAGCUGGGGAUGUGCCCCAUGGCAAGCUUCAGAUCACUGUCCCUUCCGAAGCACAGUGGAGAGGGCAAGGCUACAGGGCUAACCUCUCGGCUGCGGGCCUUGUAGGACCGCUAAGCCGAUGCCAAAGUUCCACCCCAUACGCCUAUUGGGAUGCCAGGCCGAUUUUCACGCAAUGCUGGAGCUGUUACCUCUGCCCUCGCGGAGCACCGGAACUGGUUUGGCGCCAGAGCGAAGAUCGGAUCUGGGAGGCGGACCUUACACCCGUCGGGCAACUACAGGAGUUCCUUUAUGAAUACUGGAUGGCUGAGGACCUGCCACUGGACCUCCCUAGUGCGGUCCGCCCUCACCUGCGGGCUGCGUGGGAUGCAUACCCGAAAUGGACCCAUGGUGUCCCGGAUCAGCUCCUUCUGGCCACGGAUGGGUCGGGGGCCGGUUCUGGGGCCUGGGCUUUCACCGCGUGGGCCGCUUUCCGUGGUGUGCCCUCGCGGGUUGUGGCUGCAGUCGACAACCAGGCCGCCCUCAUGGUGGCUGCAGGCCAUGCAACUGCCUCCUCCGUAUGGGCAAAAGAUGCCAGAGUGGCCUGGCAGGCCCUUCAAUCACGGGUUAGCACCGACCUCGUACAUGUGCCAGGUCACGCGGGGUAUAUCGUCAAUGAGCUGGCUGAUAGCUUGGCUGGCCUAGCCGCGGCUGGUGGACCUAGUGGACCGGAUAGGGGCAGAGAGCCCCCCCAGUUUUCGGAUCACUGGGUGAAACACGCCCAGCACCUGUGGCUUGUGCCAUAUGGGACACUACUUACCAACACUUGCCUCGUUCUUCGUGUCGUGGUUGCGCCUGACCCGCCGCCCAACUCGGGCAUCCCAGACACACCAGGCGAGCCGGAUGUAAGUGAGACGGGGUCCCCCUCGCCGGUUACAAUCUUCUCCCGCGUCAUUCAGGCGAAUGUCCAAACCUUGAAGGAUGUCGUCCCGCAUUUCUUCAAUAAAGCCGGCACAGGACAACGACGGGCCUACUUGGUCAAGCAGGAGGUGGAUGUCCGGCAACUUCCCAUCCAAUCAAUGCGGUUACCUGUGCCUAUCUGCAUUCUGUCGGCACAUGCGCCACAUGCAGAUCGCCCCCGUUCCGAAAUUGUGGCCUUCUGGGGUGACUUGCGGACACGCUUGGCUAGAUUGCCCCCUACGGCAGCCAUUUGGCUGGGUCUUGAUGCAAAUGCGGACUUUGCAGUUGCUGAUACGAAUGGCCACAACAUUGGCACCUUGGUUUCCGUUCAUGAGCCUAGAGUUGGGGAUGACAAACUUGCUCACAUUUGUCGAGAAGCGUGCCUGGUCGCAGUGUCUACCUUCUCACAUAUACAUCAAGGGCACACCUGGACGUGGCAGCACUCCAGCGGGCUGCGCAAACGCCUGGAUCACAUCCUGAUUUCCGAAGAAGCUUGGAACAUCUCCAUGACGCGACCGUUUCCGGACUUCGAUGUGCUCCUAGGCCCACGUGACCACAUGCCACUUAUGGCGGAGGGGACCUUGACCCUCGCGGCGCCUACAGUCGAGCGGGCGCCUCGGCUGUGCACACCCACAGAAUGCGCUCGAAUGGCUCCAGCCCUGUGGGGCUCGGUUGGAUCAUGGACGGAGACACUAUCCCUGCCCCCUCAAGUUCAAGUCGAGACAUUUGUUGCGAGAUAUCAGGCUCUCUGCCGACAAUUGCCUCGCAGACCCCGAGCGCAUCCCAAGCAACCCUAUCUCAGUGAGGAGGCUUGGCGACUCCUGUGCUCCCUCAAGCAGCUGAGACAGGACAAGGCCCAGGCCAAGGCCCGAGCUCGGCUAGCAUGGCUGAGACAAUGUUGGCAGGCGUGGAAGGGUAGACGCCGACAGCUUCGACGCCUCGAAACAUGGCGUCAAGUGGCGCUCCUCUCGAGACGCGAGGCGGGCAUGUGCCGGCGCCUGCACCGUCUGGGGCAACGCGAUAAAACAGUUCACUUGCACUCCCUCUUGUCUGGCGCUAUUUCGGCAUGGCACGUCCAUGGCCGGGUGGAUCAUGCCCUGAUGCAUCUCAAAUGGGCUUCCAGGCGUGCAGCGGAACGCAGGAAGGUGCACUCCGCUGGUGGCUACAACAUCCAAGCCGAGUUACGCGAACAGUUCAGGGAGCAGGAGCAGGGACGAGUGGUGACCCCUCAGCAGCUUGAUGACUUCCACUUGGCGUGGCAGGAAAAAGCCAGGAUGCCCCUGCCCUGGCCGGAUGGCAUUAGAAACGGGGUAUGGUCUCACCAACCCGCCCUUGCCAGCCGCUGGCUUUGGCAACUGCACGCGAAGAUUACUUUGCGAGGGAAGGAGCCAUCUGGCUUCAAGCACGCUCUUGCGUGCGCCCUUUACAAGAAAGGGCCGGCAGCGAUCCCCAGCAAUUAUCGCUCCAUUGUUCUCCUUAACGGCGUGGCGAAAAUUUGGCAUGGCCACAUCCGCAACACAAUAGGCCGGAAGGUGGUCAACGCCUAUCAGCCGCUCCAGCUCGGAGGACGCCCUGGCAUGCAUGUGGGAUAUGCUCUCACUGCCUACCGAGCUGCAGCAGGCCUUACCCUGGCAGCCCAGCACUCCUUGAUUGCUCUUUUCGUGGACGUGCAGGCCGCUUUCUAUGAGGUUGACCGGGAGCUCCUUUUCGGGGAUUCGCGACAACUGCAGCCGCGUGUUGACCAAAUCCUUCCCUGGGCCCAACAUCUCUUGGACGGUGGCGCCCUUGGGCAGUUGGGGUUGGAUGCCGCUGACCGGGCGCUGCUGCAAGACUGUGUCAGCGGCUCCAGUUGGCUGCUGCGUGGAGAUAGAUUGCCGGUCUUGGCCUCACGGGGCAGCCGUCCGGGCGAUGGAUUGGCUGACGUCCUCUUCGGAGCGAUCAUGACCUGCAUCAUUGCCUGUCUCAGCAAUGAGUUGGGGAAACAUGGCGUUGCUCACCACAACCUCGCGGUUGCCUGUGCUGAUGAGGUAGAGGAGCCAUGCCCCAUUGCAUGGGCAGAUGACCUCGUCUUGCUCGCUGAUGUGCCAGAGGCGGGGCUCCUGCCCUCGACCUUGCGAUGCAUGGGCAGCAUUACGCUUGAGGUCUUUCAACAGUUCCGACUCCGGGUCAAUGUGUCGGCUGGGAAGACGGAGUUCCUCAUAGAUCCUCGUGGCGCUGGCGCCACGGCCGUGCGAGGAGAGCUGCUGCAAGGGGAUGCCAUCGUCCAAUUGGAUGCUAAAGCCAUAAGGAUUGCUCCCGAAUACAAAUAUCUUGGUGUACCGCAGUUGCCCCGAGACAAUGGCAGGCGAGAUAUUGAGCAAGCCAUUGGCCGUGGCAGGGGAGCUGAAGUCGCUGCUGGGCCGUUGCUCACCAGGUCGCGCCUUCCAUGGAGAAUCAGGGAAGGAUGGAUUGCAGGCCGAAUCCUACCGGCCACUUACGCUUGCCUGGCCACUUCCCUUGCGCCAGGUCGCAACAGCCUCAAACCGAUGGAAAGUUUCCUCCAUCGUAUUAGGAGGAAAGUGUGGCAAACCUGGCAGGAGGGGCACCACGCAUGCCAGAAAGCCCUGGAGGUGCUUGUGCCUGUGACUUCGCCAACAGAGGCCCUUCUUGUGGCGAGAUGCAGACUGGUCGUGCAGCUAUGUGUGUCUGCUCCUGAACGAGUGUGGGACAUGUUCGAGGCCGCCCUGAUGCGGGAUGUGCCCUGGGCGCGCGACCUGCUGUACGCGACCAGGCAGGUCUGGCGCAGCACAUACAUCCCUGGUGAGCUCAUCACGGGCGGCUUCCGCCAAGCAGUUCGCACACAUUCUCGCGCUCUUCUCAAGGCCUGCAAACGGGUCAGUCAGCAUGGCACCCUACUGCGUGCCCUAAAGGCACACUGGGCCACGAACAAGGAGAGCCUUGCUCACUCGCAACCGCUGGUGGAGGCCCGGGCACGACCGCCUCCGGCGUGGAAAUGCCAUGUUUGUCCGGAAACUCGGCCCACGAAGCAUGCCUUGUCUGUGCAUUUGCACCGCACGCAUGGAGUGGUGUCGGAGAGCAUGUCCUUCAUCGUCGACACCGUCUGCCGCUGGUGCUUGCGCGACUGUCACUCCACUGCACGUCUGAGGUACCACAUCGAACACACCCCACGGUGCAGAUGUGGGCUUCGUCACGUGGUCGGGCCAAUCUAUGUGGCGGGCACAGCCACGAAGCGAGUGGGGGCGGCGGGCCACCUCAGAGUCCCACCACUACAGACUGUGGGUCCUCUUCUGCCGACCCCCCUUCAUCGUCAGGCGGCUGAUGAAGACCGCUAUGCCACGGAGGCUGAACUCCAGGCCGAGUUACAGCGCUGGGUUGAGCUUGAGGCUGCUGCCGGAGACACUGUACCUCAGGUUCCUGCGCCCGCGGUGGCCGAACAUUUCUCCCAAUCAGCCCCGUGUCCUGCAGUGGCCCGGGCCCCAGUAGAGGCUACUGCUGCUGGCUGGAAGGAAUGGCGCUCAAUUACGGAUGAUAUGGCGGCUCCGUCACCCUUGUGGUCCGGGUUGCAGGGACAUCGACUCUGGAGGCUGUCCUUUUCGCUGGCCUCCUUCCUGCCCCUCUGGGCCAUGUGUGCCCACAUGGAGUGGUGGUCAAGGCCGUUCGUGGAAGCCGCCCGCACACUACGUAUGGAGGCCCAGGGGACGCCGCCUACUUCUUCUGAAGGGCACAUCCGUCAAGGUGCCUCACGGGAUUCCUGUACGGAGUUCCGGCAGCGUCUGCUGAGGGCUACCAACACUAUUUUCCUUUUGGUUGCCUCCUUGCGCGACACUGGAGCCUUGUGGUGGUGUGGACAUCUCUCUCAGGCGAUACGCACUGUCUUUGCCGCAGUCGACAAGCGAGUGGUGCUGCACGACGUCCGCUGGGAAGGUCGCAGCUUUGUUCUGGCCUCUCUGAGGCUUGACGCCGUGGCUGCCUUCCAUUCCGAGCUGAGACGUGGCCUUUUGGCUUCCCAUGCCAAAACUGUACAGAUGGCCGCCUUGCACCAGUCGCUGCCGUCUCCCUGA